GCUUGGUAACGGCGUCGAGGCGGCAGCAACGGUUGCUGGCUCCGCCCGCCAAGUGCGCGGUCCGGCGGCGGUUGGGGGCGCUCCUCAUCCGCGGGCUGUACCCCGGCAGUGGCCGCUGGCGGAGCCGCCCGCGCGGGGGCUCGGGCGGAAGAUGGCGACCCCGGGGAUGAGCCGGCAGCAGCAGCAGUACGGCGGUGGCGGGCGAGCGGCGCCGGGCCCCGCGCAGCCGGACUGCGGCCCCGAGCUGCACCUCAAGAUGAGCAAGAAGAUCGCGCAGCUCACCAAGGUGAUAUAUGCUUUGAACACUAAGAAUGAUGAACAUGAAGCUGCCAUUCAAGCUCUUAAGGAUGCACAUGAAGAAGAAAUCCAGCAAAUCCUAGCUGAAACAAGAGAAAAGAUCUUGCAGUAUAAGAGUAAAGUUGCAGAGGAAAUGGAUCUUAAGAGAAAGAUCCAGGUUUUGGAAGAGUCAUUGGAAGAUCAUAAAAAGAUGAAACAUCAAGCUUUGACAGAAUUUGAAGCUUACAAGGAUAGGGUUGAAGACAUGCAGUUAUGUGCAGAAGCCCAACAUGUCCAACGUGUAGUAACCAUGUCAAGAGAGGUAGAAGAGAUUAGAAAGAAAUUUGAGGAGAGGCUGCGUAGCUUCAUACAGUUGCAGGUACAGUAUGAGAAAGACAAACGCUCAGCUCUGGAAGAUUUGAGAGCAGCACACAGACUAGAGAUCCAAGAGCUUCUGAAGUCACAACAGAAUCAAAAUGCAACUUUAAGUAAAGGACAGGAGAAGCUAGAGGAGUUGCAUAGACUGGAACUAGAAGAUUUAAACAGCAAAGUUGAAGAGCUAAGAUUGGAAAGGAAAAAACUCAUUGAGGACUAUGAAGGCAAACUCAGCAAAGCUCAGUCUUUUUAUGAACAUGAACUUGAUGCUUUGAAAAGAUCCCAACUCUUUACAGCCGAAAGCUUGCAUGCAUGUAAAGAAAAAGAAAUGGAGCUAAGAAAAGAGUUUCAAAACCAAGAAGCUAUUUUACGUAAAAACCUGGGAAAACUGAAGACUGAAUUGCAAAUGGUGCAGGAUGAAGCCGCUAGUUUACGAGAAAAAUGCCAAAAGCUUCAAGUAGCACUUGGUACAGCAGAAAACAAUGUUCAGGUUCUUCAAAAACAACUAGAUGAUGUCAAGGAGGAAGAAAUAUCAUUGUUAAGCAAGCACAAAGAGGUGGAAAGUGAGCUAGCAGCUGCUCGUGAACGCUUACAGCAGCAGGCCACCGAUCUUGUGCUCAAAGCCAGCCAUAUUGGGAUGCUUCAAGCUACUCAAAUGACACAGGAAGUUACAAUAAGAGAUGUGGAAACAGAAAAAUCUAGAUUAAAAGAAAAGCUAUCUCAAUUGGAAGAGGAAAGAAAUCUGUUGCAAAGCAAAACACAGAGUCUGGAUGAGAGACAGAGACAACAGAUUCUGGCACUGGAGAAGAGGAUAAGUGAAGCAAGGGAAUCACAACGAGAAUACUAUGAGAAGGAGCUUAUAAAACUGCAAACAAGAUUGGAAGGAGAGGCUGCACAGUUAAAGGAGGCUCAUUCUAAGACCUUGGAAGAACUGGCAUGGAAGCAUCAUACUGCAAUUGAGGCUGCACACAGCAAUGCUAACAAGGAUAAGAAAAAGCUACAGAUAGAAAUGGAGCAGCAAUUUGAAAAGGAGAAACUGCAUCUGGAAGAAGAUAAGAAUCAGCUUCGACAGCAGUUGGAAAACCUGAGGGAAGAACUGACAACCAAGCUGACUUCAGCCAAUCAGGAGGUGUGUCUUCUACAAGAUCUAGUCAGAAAAAGUGAACAAGGCCUUGGUACUGCAGAAGGACAUAUCUCCAGUCUCCAGGAAGCCCAAGAAAUACUCCAAAAAGAACUAGAGUUAACCAGAACAAGGCUGAGAGAGACAACAGAUUCUUUGUAUAAUGUUGAGGGGGAACUAGAACAGGAAAGACAGCAACAUGAGGCAAUGAUUGCUGCUAUGAGAGAAGAGGAAAAGUUCAAAGUUGACAGAAUGGCUCAUGAUUUGGAAAUAAAAUGGACAGAAAAUCUUCGACAGGAAUGUACUAAACUUCGUGAAGAGCUGAGGCUUCAGCAUGAAGAGGAUAAAAAGGCAGCCAUGACUCAGCUCUUGCAGCUGAAAGAACGUGAAAAAAAUGCUGCCAGAGAUGGAUGGCAAAAGAAAGUGGAAGAUCUUUUAGACCAGAUCUCCUUGCUGAAACAGAAUCUGGAGAUGCAACUCUCCCAGUCGCAAAGCUCCUUACAACAGCUGCAGGUCCAGUUUAGUCAGGAACGGCAAAGGCUUACCCAAGAGCUCCAGGAACUGGACGAAGAGCAUCAACAGAGGCACAAGUCGUUGCAGGAAGCACAUAUCCUUGCUUUUCAGAACAUGGAAGAAACAAAAGAACAAGAGCAAAAGGAACUAGAAGAACAUUUACAACAAAAGCAUACAGAAGAACUUCAGACACUGAAAGAAACACAUAAGCAAGCCAUGGAAGGUUUCAAAUUAGAAAUGGAACAGGAACUUCAGACUCUUCGAUUUGAGCUGGAAGAUGAAGGAAAAGCUAUGCUAGCUUCCUUGCGCUCAGAGCUAAAUCAUCAACACGCAGCAGCAAUUGACCAGCUAAGGCAUAAUCAUCAACAAGAAUUGGUAGCUGCUAAAAUGGAACUUGACAGAAGCAUAGAACUUGGAAGACGACAGGAAAAGGAAUUUUUGUGCCGAAUAUCAGAUCUACAGGAUGAGCUGAGACACCGAGAUCAUCAUAUAGCUGAACUGGAUAAAGAGAUUCUUAAUCUUCAUGAGAAUAUAAGUGCCCUGACCAAGGAACUGGAGUUUAAGGGGAAAGAAGUUCUUAGAAUACGCAGUGAAUCCAACCAACAGAUCAGGAUGCAUGAGCAAGAUUUAAGCAAGAAACAUGAGAAAGAACUGGAUGUCUUGACAGCAGACCACAUCAGAGAGAAACAAAGUAUGCUGGCAGAUUUUAAUAAGACCCAAGAGCUGCUCAAGGAAAUUAAUUCAGCUUUACAAAUUUCUUUAGAAGAAAUGGAAGAAAAAUAUCAAAACAGGGAAUCAAGACCAGAAGAUUUGCAGCUUAUUGCAGAAUUGAAAGAUCUGAUUGCAGAGAGGGAUCAACUCAUAAAAAAACUGAUUGAGGACAAAAAAUUCUAUCAACUGGAACUGGUUAACAGAGAGACUAACUUCAACAAGGUCUUUAAUGCAAGCCCUAACGUUGGUGUUAUUAAUCCACUGGUGAAGCAAAAGAAGAAGAAUGAUAAGUCAACAAACAGGUUUGUGAGUGUUCCCAAUCUAAGUGCUCUGGAAUCUAGCGGAGUGGGCAAUGGACAUCCUAACCGCCUGGACCCCAUUCCUAAUUCACCCAUCCACGAUAUUGAGUUCAACAGCAGCAAACCACUUCCACAGCCAAUACCACCCAAAGAGCCCAAGACGUUUUUGAGCCCUCCUCAGACUGAAGCUUCACCAGUGGCUUCACCAGAUCCACAACGCCAGGAGUGGUUUGCUCGAUACUUCACAUUCUGAGAGAUAGUUUGUUUUUGUGGCACAGCGUGAUGUGGACUGUUUAUAAGAGCAUGACCUUAAAAAAAAACCCUUAUGUGAACAAGCUUUCCUGUAAUAUGUCAAACACUGUGAAUGAGAAAGUAUUUGUCUCUCUGAUUGAAAAUGCACUGUAUUUCAUGUGUUAUUUGUUGGAACCACUUGACAUGGUACUAUAUAAUGUGAGUAAUUAUCUCUAAUAUUUUUAUUUAAAAUGAAAGAGUCUUUAAACUUUGUAAUUACUACAUAAUAAAUUUUGGUAGAACAAACUAAACGCUUUUCCCCUUUUUCCUAUACAUAAGUGUCUUCUUUGGUUUCAGGUACCAUUUUUACCCCAAAGCAAUGUCCUGCAUGAUUUCUAGAUAUCAAAAUAAGAUUUCAAUGGGAAAAACAUCAGAAUAGGGCAAGGAGUGUUUAAUUCAUCCCAAUUUUAUUCUGUUAUUUUGUAGCAUUUUAAAAACUGUCCAUUCCAUAACUUUUUGAGUGGUGAAGCAUUUGAAAUCAGAACGAGUGUCGUUGCUAGCCUUCAAAGGUGAAUGAUUUUGACAAGAGCAUAACAAAAAGGAAAAUGCUUAAUGUUUCUUUUGCGCUCUAGACCUACUACUGAUCAGACUUUACCUCUGAGUAAUAAUUGCAGUGUUUUAAUGUUCAAUAUCACCAGCAAUUCUUCUCACAAACUGUAUAAUUAUUUUAUAAUGAUCUGCAAAGGCAAAAUGAUUUUUUGAACACUUGGAAUACUAAACUAAGUAUCACUUAGAAAACCAAGAAUCUCAUUUUGAGGAUGCUCGCCCUCUGAAUAAAAUUCAUGCUUUAAACAAAAUAUCCCUAAACCAAUUAUAUACACUACUGUAUGUAAACCUUUCAUUAAAAAGCAAUUUUAUUACAUUCACUCCGUUAAAGAAUUUUUUUUACCCUUGUAAAAUCAAUCCGUGAAACACAAGAGUUGUAGAGGUAGCAAGCCUGAUUCUUCAGUCUGUUACACACAUCUGAUGCCAGCAUUCCCCCUUGAGAGAAAAUUGCUAUAAGAGAUUGGAGACUCAUAUUUACUGUCUUUAUUAUUUAUAAUUGUUGUUAAUUCACAGAUUACCACACAGUAAUUUACACUGGUAAUCUCAGGGAGAAAAUGGUCUCUUUGUGUUUAUGAAUGUACUUUACAUCUGAAUCUCUGUAUCUUUUAAAAGUGUCAAGGAACUGUUUGCUCUAUUAUUUAAAUAAGGUUUUAGUUGGCACAAACAAAAAAUAUAUCUUCGUUAUUCCUCCUAAAGCUCUAUUUCCCUUUAUGCAAAAGGUAAAUAUCCAGUUGAAGAUGCUCGAUAGUUACAAUAAUAAGUUUUUUAUGUAGUAUAUGUAUAAAUGAAAAAUUUGUAUGUUUUCAUAUAAAUAAUAUAAAAUACUCUAAAUUAAAAUUUUAAAAAUGUUUCUCCUAUAACUCAUUUUGAAAAUGUCACAAAAGCCGUGCUCUGGUGAUGCUGCUAUAGUUUAAAGAAGUGAACAGCAGAUUCUCUGUAGUUGGUGAACUCAGCUGUAGGUAUAUGCAACUUUUUUAAUUGUAGAAGAAAGCCAUAUUGGGCAAAAUGUCAGAUUUCUUGGCUGUUACCCAAAAUAAAAUACACACAAGAUAAUUUUGAUAUAUGUUCUGAUGCGAGUGUUGUGUCUUUUCUUCCCUGUCUUGCCACUGUUGUUAAAAGAGUAUUGCAUCUUUGCUGGAUCAGCUCCCUUUUAAUUAGAGCAUUAAGUUGCACAGCCAUAAAUUUUUGCUUGUGAAAUAUAUCGUUAUAAAUAACAAUUAAAAGAAAAUAAUCUUUCAUGCU